CUCCUGCUCUCCAUCGCAUCGAUCUCGAUUUCUUCUCGUUAGCUUGAUUGGUUGCGUGUGUCGCCGGAGUUAGAUCGGCAGCAAUGGCGCCUCUCGGUGACGGAGCAGCGGUGGCCGCGGAGGCGACGCCCAACCUGGUGGUGUCGUUCGGGGAGAUGCUGAUCGACUUCGUCCCCGACGUGGCCGGCGUCUCGCUCGCCGAGUCCGGCGGCUUCGUCAAGGCCCCCGGCGGCGCCCCCGCCAACGUCGCCUGCGCCGUCUCCAAGCUCGGCGGCUCCUCCGCCUUCGUCGGCAAGUUUGGAGAUGACGAGUUCGGGCACAUGCUGGUGGAGAUCCUGAAGAAGAACGGGGUGAACGCGGAGGGAUGCCUGUUCGACCAGCACGCGCGCACGGCGCUGGCGUUCGUCACCCUCAAGAGCAACGGCGAGCGCGAGUUCAUGUUCUACCGCAACCCCUCCGCCGACAUGCUGCUCACGGAGGCGGAGCUCAACCUGGACCUCAUCCGCCGCGCCAAGAUCUUCCACUACGGCUCCAUCAGCCUCAUCACCGAGCCCUGCCGCUCCGCCCACGUCGCUGCCAUGCGCGCCGCCAAGUCCGCCGGCAUCCUCUGCUCCUACGACCCCAACGUCCGCCUCCCGCUCUGGCCGUCCGAGGACGCCGCCCGCGACGGCAUCUUCAGCAUCUGGAAGGAGGCCGACUUCAUCAAGGUCAGCGACGACGAGGUCGCCUUCCUCACCAAGGGCGACGCCAACGACGAGAAGAACGUGCUCUCCCUCUGGUUCGACGGCCUCAAGCUCCUCAUCGUCACCGACGGCGAGAAGGGCUGCAGGUACUUCACCAAGGACUUCAAGGGCUCCGUCCCCGGCUUCGCCGUCAACACCGUCGACACCACUGGCGCCGGCGACGCCUUCGUCGGCUCCCUCCUCGUCAACGUCGCCAAGGACGACUCCAUCUUCCACAACGAGGAGAAGCUGAGGGAGGCGCUCAAGUUCUCCAACGCAUGCGGCGCCAUCUGCACCACCCAGAAGGGUGCCAUCCCGGCGCUGCCCACCGUCGCCGCCGCGCAGGAGCUCAUCAGCAAGGCCGGCAACUAGAGCUCUUUGUCGUCGUCGUCGCCGUCGUGUCGAUCGCCGUCGGGGCCUCGAGAUAUUUAGGUGCAAAAAUUUAAUCUAGUUGCUGCUGCUUCGCCUUAGAGGGGAGGAGGCUUGUGUGCGUUUGUGUCUCGGUCUUUUGUGCUAAGUUAGGUUGCUUCAGCGUGAGAACUUUUGGCGUUUAUUCUUAUUAAUAAGAGGCUGUUGGAUUUGCGGUGGAUGUUUUGGUCUGAAUUUGUGUAAUGGGGCACCUAUUCGGCGAAAUUUAUCCCUCGGUUUAUAAAAAAUGAACGAAGUUGUUCAGAGGAAAA